AUGAGAUUCGCUGCUGUUGCCACUCUCGCCUUUGUCGGCGCUGUCGCUGCCCAGAACUCGACUACUGCAGCCACUGGCUGUGUUGCUAAGGACAACGCCUGCCGCACCACUCGCAUGCCCGAUGGCUCUUCUGCCAACCAGGCUCAAUGCUCUGCCAACAACGCUCAAUGCCAGGGCGACUGCUAUGCAGCCUACAAUGUUUGUAGAGGUACUCGCGGUCCCGAUGGCCUUUCAGCCAACCAGGCCGUAUGUGCUUCUGAAUACGCCUCUUGCCUCGGCGAAAACCCCGUCGCUGCCUCUGGUGGUCUGAUCUCCUCCUUCAUCCCCUACUCGGCCACCGCCACCGUCAGCGCUUCUUCCACUGCCUCUGCCUCGGCCAGCGCUUCUGCCGGCUCCAACUGCGUUGCCAAGGACAACGCCUGCCGUGCCAGCGACCCCGUCACCGGACUCUCUGCCAACCAGGCCCAGUGCUCUGCUGAGAAUGCUCAGUGCCAGGGUGAUUGCUACGCUGCCCUUGGCAAGUGCCAGACCACUCGCAUGCCUGACGGUUCGUCUGCCAACCAGUCUACGUGUGUCUCUGAGUACGCCUCUUGCCUCGGCGAGAACCCCAUUGCUUCCACCGGUGGCAUCAUUUCCUCGUUCAUUCCUUACACCGCCACUGCCUCUUCAUCUGCUACCGGCAGUGCUAGCAUGGUCUACAUGACUGAGGUCGUUACUGCACUCACCACCGUAUGCCCUGCCCCCACCGCCGGCGCCUACGUCACCACCAUCCACAGCAACGUCCCCGCUGCUUCCGUCACUGGUGGCGCUCAAGGCGGUAUGAUGACUUCUGCUGGUAACGGCAACAAGAACGGCACUGCUACUGCCACUCAGAGCAAGCCUGCUGUCUACACUGGCGCUGCUGCUAACGUUGCUGCUGGUAUGGGGUUCCUUGGUGCCGCUGCUGGUGCUGUUAUGCUUUUGUAA